AUGUUAGUAACAAUUUUUCUUAUAAUUUUAGGUAAAUUAAUGUCGUCAGGAAAUCAACUUCAACAGAAUGGAGCAGUCGCUCCUUUUGUUCAAAAUGCGGCAGCAGUUCAGGAUCAACAGUUCCAACUUUGGCCUUUUCUCAAAUCAAUGUUAACUCGUCUUUUGAUGUUUUGGUUAAUCUCAUCACUUAUUCGAAAUUUUUUUGGUACAAAAAAUGAACAAACUGGAACUGGUGUUUCAAAACAACAAUUUCCUCCUUCGUUUAAUUUAUUUUCACCAAAUCAACGAUAUCACUAUUUUAUGUAUCUCUCUUCGCAGGCAAAUCUUUUUCCUUUAUUUGAUGAUGAAAAAACUAAAUCUUCGCUUAUUUGGGAAGAACGCAAUCUCUUUUAUGGUGAUUGGGAAUCUGGUCCACAAUUUGAUGGUUCUCAAAUUAAAUCUCUUUCAUUUCCAACUCCCGAUGUUUUAAAGAAGAAUGGAUCUAUUUAUUUGCAUGUAUUUCUUGUAAAGGAUGGGCUUUCACAUUUUUCUGGAGAUUCUAAUUAUGUUGUUUAUUCAAAUGCUCAAUUGAAUAAAUAUAAAAAGAAGUAUUAUCGAAAAACUACGAACCUUUUAACUGGGAAAACAGAACAAAAUGUUGAAGAACAACAAAAGGCAGAUGAGGGGGUUAAAUGGGAAAUGUUAAAUUAUUGGCAUCCAAAUAUUACUGUUAAUCUUGUUACUGAUUUUACGGCUUGGACCAAAGGCCAAGUUCCGUCUCCUCUCGAUGAAGCAGUCAAGUUUGACAGAAAAACCAAUCGUUAUUAUCCGAUUAUUUUCUUUAAUACUUAUUGGAAUUUGGGGAAUGAAUAUCAACCAUUAAAUGAAACUGUCGAAGAAUUAAAUUUAACAAUAACAUUUGCUCCUCUUUCACUUUUUAAAUGGCAAUUGUAUGCAUCACAACAGAUGCGUAAUAAAUGGUCAAAAAUGUUGGGCGGGGAGAUUUUUGAAGAAAGUGAUUCUGAUCAAGAUGUGAUAAAACAAGCUUUAAUUGAGACAAGUCCUAUUUUGUUAGCAAUUACUAUAAUUGUCUCUAUCUUGCAUACCGUUCUUGAAAUGCUUGCAUUUAAAAAUGAUAUUCAAUUUUGGCGUUCUCGAAAAAGUCUUGAAGGUCUUUCUGUUCGCUCUGUACUUUUCAAUAUUUUUCAAUCUUUGAUUGUUUUUCUUUAUGUUUGGGACAAUGAUAGUAGUUGGGUUAUUAGAAUGUCUAUUGGCUUUGGGUUGCUUAUUGAAAUUUGGAAAAUACCAAAAUGUUUAGAUGUUAAAAUUAAUUAUGAGCAACCAAUUUUUGGAUUUAUUCCUCGUAUACAAUUUAGUGAUAAAGGUUCUUAUAUUGAAUCAGCUACUAAAGAAUAUGAUCAGAUGGCAUUUAAAUAUCUUUCUUGGGCUCUAUUCCCUUUACUUGGUGGAUAUGCUAUUUAUUCAUUAGUCUAUGACGAACAGAAGGGUUGGUACAAUUGGAUUUUAGGAAUGCUUUAUGGAUUUUUGUUGACUUUUGGAUUUAUUAUGAUGACACCUCAGCUCUUUAUUAAUUACAAGCUUAAAUCGGUGGCGCAUCUUCCUUGGCGUAUGCUUACCUAUAAAUUUAUCAAUACUUUUAUCGAUGAUCUUUUUGCAUUUGUAAUUAAAAUGCCAAUUUUGUAUCGAUUAGGUUGUUUUAGAGAUGAUAUUAUUUUCUUGAUUUAUAUUUAUCAACGUUGGAUUUAUCGAGUAGAUCCUAAAAGAAUUAAUGAAUUUGGAACUUCUGGUGAAGAUAAUAAAACUCCUGCUGUUGAAAAUGGUCAAAUGAAUAGCGAAGAAAUACACCAAGCGAUCUCAGAAGAUAAAGAAAAUAAAAAUGGUAGUAAUGAUGAGAUUUUGAAUGAGUCGAAGAAAGAAAAAUAA